AUGAUUAUUAAAUUAUUUUCUGGUCCAUUAUGGGGUUUCCGUUUUCAAUUUGAUGAAAUUAAAAAUGUUGUUACUGUUAAUGAAGUUGAACCUUAUUCAGAAGCAUCAAAAAAAGGUCUUUGUAUUGGUGAUCAAAUAAUAUCUAUUAAUGGGAAAAAAUUUAAUAAAUUAAUUGAUUUUUGUAAUGAGCUUAAUAAUUCUUAUAACUUUCUCGUUCUAGAAAUAAUAAAGUAUAAUAUUCCUUAUAAUCAAUUAUUAUCUGUUCAAAUUCCAAAAAAACAAAUUUAUUUUAAACCUAUUAUACCAUCAAACUCUACAUUAUCAUCAACUUCUUCUGACAUGGAAAUAUUAAAACAUCUAGAUGCUUUAAAAUCAACAUUAAAACAAAAUAAUUUUUUUUAUGGUGAACAAAAAUCAGAAUCAAAUGAUGACAAAAUUAAUAUGUAUCUUAAAAAUGUUGAUGAUAUAAAUGAUAAUUAUCAAGUUGAAAAAGAUAACAAUUUAUUAAAAAUAAAUGGUAAAACAGAUUUAUAUAUAAAUGAAAAUGGCAACCUUUUAAAUGAUGGAAAAGAACACAAAGACAAUAAUAUAUCUAGCAAAGAUAAUAUAGAUAAAAACAAUAUUACUAUAGAUAAAGAUAAUCAACCUCUUAGUAAUAACGUUGAUAAUAUAAAUAACAUAACUUUUGGCACUAAUAAUAAUAUAAACCCAAUGAUGAAGGAGUCUCAUUCAACAAAUUUUCAAUCAAAUUUAAAUAUGGAUAGUAAUAUUAGUAGUAUUCCUCCACCACCGCCACCUAUGCCAACAAAUAAAACAAAAUAUUCUGACUCAAAAGAUUGGAAAAUACCUUUUGAAGUUUCAAAUAUUGGAAAAGCAGAAGGUAUUGUUGAGGUUCCAGCUAAACAGACAGUUUCAAAUUUAAAAAAACAAAUUACUAGUAAAUUACAAAUGAAAACUCCUACUGGAGCUGUUGUUGUAGAAGCACCAAAAGUUCAUACAAAAUGUUUAGUUACAGAAUGUUUUAGAAAUUUAAAUGAUACCCCAAGUAAUGAUAUCUGUGAUAAAGAUGAUCAACGUGCACGAUCAUUAACACCAAUGUCAUUUAUGAAAAAUUAUAAUAAUACAACAACUCCAUAUUCAUUAGGAAAAUAUUCAGAUUCAAUAUCUAAUUUAACUGAUGAAGCAGAAAGAGAAUGUAGGAUUAAAAAAUUACAUGGUCAAUUAACAAGUCCAUCAAUAAGAAAAGCAAAAUUAUAUAAUUCAACAUAUGAAUUAACAACAGAUGAUAAUGAUACAAAAGAUUCACCAUCAUUUUUAUCUGGAAUACAAUCGCUUAAUAGUAAUAUAAGAAAAUUUAUUAGAAGUAAUGAUAAUUUAUCAAUAUGUUCUUAUAAGUCCACAUAUGAUAAUAAUGAUAACAAUAAUAAUAUAGAAACAUUAUAUAAUGAAACAGAUAAUCAAUCUUUAAUAAAUGAUAAUUCAAAUUUAAAUAAAGAAAAAAAUAAUUAUUAUUAUAUGAAUGAAGAUAAUAUAAAAGAUUUAAAUACAGAAAGAGAAAAAUAUUUAUACAAAAAAAACACAAUUAAUAACUCAUCACCAACAUCUUUUAACAUGUAUACCAAUUUAUAUGAUAAUAACAAUACUAAUAUACAUUCAUCCAAUACCUAUAAAAAUGAACCAAAUAUUUAUAAUAAUAAUUUGUUAACAUUUGAUAAACAAUCAGAUUUUGGCAAUAAUUUUAAUAAUGAAUUAUCAAAUAAUCAAAAUUGUAUGAAUAAAUCUUAUGAUUCAUCGCGUUUAUUACAAUUAAUUAAUCAAACUAAUUCUCAUAUUAACAAAUUAAACAAUUAUGAUUUGCCACCUAAUUCUAGAUCAGCUUCUGCUGUACCAUUUGCUUCAACAUUAAAUAAAAAUUUCGAAAAAAAUUAUUAUACUGAUAAUAUGAAUAAUCAAAAUUAUUCUACGACACGUAUGAAUAACGAACCAAAACAUCAUACUUCAACAUGGUAUAAAAAUAUGUAUAAAAAGCUUCAUAAAAUAGAAGGUGAAGAAGAAAGUAUUUUAAAAUAUCGACAAAUAAAAGAACAAUCACCGGCAUUAAUCUCUCAACGUGCAUAUACACCAUCAAUUUGUAGUAACAAGGGAGAUAAUAAUAUUUCAGAUGCAAGAUAUAUAGGAUUACAACGUAGUAAAAGUGCAACACGCUUUCAACCAACACAUACAUCUGUUAGUUAUGAUAAUUUUAAUAGCCAAAAUAUAAAUGGACAAUUAAAUGAUUUAAAACCAAAUUUAUCAAAUUCUCGUGUAUCAUUAACACAAAAUAGUUUUAUAGAUUCAAAAGAACCAUUGGAUAUCUUGCAAAAUUCAAAUCAAAUAUUAUCAAGAGGAGUUAAUGAACUUAAAAAACAACAAAUGAAUGAAAUAAUUCAACAACAAAAAGUUGAAAAAUUAAGUGAAGAAUUAAAUCAAAAUCAAAAUAGGAGACAUGGAUAUACACCAUCAGCAACACCAUCAUUACAAAAUAAUUUUGAUAGAUUUGAUUGUUUAAUGAAAACUUUUAAUACUCCAUCACAUGGAAAAAUGGUAAUACAAAAUGAUUAUAAAACAGCUGCAGCAAUUUUUAAUUUUAAUGGUAAAAGUAACAAAGAACUUUCUUUUAAUAAAGGAGAUGUUAUUAGAAUACAUAAAAUUAUUGAUGAUAAUUGGUCAGAAGGUGAAAAAAAUGGUAAAAUUGGAAUAUUUCCAACAUCUUAUGUUAAAAUGAAUGAAAGCGCAACUCUUCAUAAUCAGGAAAAAUUAAUAUCUAUUUAUCCAUUUUUUGCUCGCAAUAAAAAUGAACUUAGUUUGAAGGUAAAUGAAAUUGUAACAAAGACCAGGGAUAUUGAUGAAAAUUGGAUUGAAGGUAUUAAUCAACAUGGUGUUCUUGGUAUUUUUCCAUCAAAUUAUGUUAAACAAUAUAAUGAAUGUAAUGAUAUUGAAAGUGAUUUUCAAUAUAUUAAUACUUCAAAAAAUAAUGAUAAUUCUCAAGCAUAUAGUGUUCUACCCGAUCGCCCAAAAACACCAAAAUUUAUGGCAAGUCUUAUAAGUCAACCACAACCACAAUUUGCCCAUAUGGCAAGAAUUGAUGACAUUGAUAAUGGAGCAAAAUCAACCCAAAUACAAACGAAGAAGCAAAUGAAUAUAACUCAGAAAAUUCAAGAAUGGAAGGAUCGUCAUGAAAAUGAAGGAUGGUUUAGUUUUGCAAAAAUGGUUCCUCGUAAUUCUACAAUAUAUCGUGCUAUUUAUCCUUACAAAGCUCAGAUUAAUGGAGAAUUAGAUCUAGAAGUAAAUGAUAUUAUAUUUGCAGUUGAACUAUUACCUGAAAACUAUGUAAUUGGUGUUUCCUUAAAAAAUGAAUAUAAAAUGUCUGACCAAGAAAAUUUAAAUAAUACUCAAGAAGUUUUAAAUGCAAAACUUCUUGAACUUUAUACCACAGCAAUUAAUUCACCUAUUGGAAAAUAUGUUGAAGCUAGUUAUAAUUCAGCAAAAACAUACAAUCCUUUAGUUGAAUCUACCAUUACAACUCUAGAAGGUGGAAUAAGUAAAGCUGCCACGGAUUAUCUUUUACCAACAGUUGCCAAAGUAUAUGAUAAUUAUUCAAAAAGUGUUGAUGGUACUAAAGUUGCUUUAGAUAAAACAAAAGAAGCUGCUACUGUUUCAUCAGCUUAUGGUUUAACAGCACUUGUUGCUGCUGUUCAAUUAGGAUUAUUAGCUGGUUUAACAAGUGCUAAUUUUGCUCUUGAUACAGCAAAAGUUACAAAAGAAAUGGGCUCAAAUGCUGUUGAUUAUGUUAAUCAAUGUAAAAAUACAGCAAGUGAAGCUGUUGUAACAACUGUAGAGAAAUCUGUUGAAUUGGCUAGUAUUCCAAAAAAUAUGGCAACAGAACAAAUCAACUAUUUAUUGGAUGUUACAACAGCCUAUGCUGAAUCAAUUACAAACAAAACAAUACCAAAAGAUAAUUUAGAUCAAAAUUCAUCAAUUUUUGAUCGUUUAUCAGUUAUUGUAAAAUUUUUAGUUUCUAAUGUUCUUGACAAGAAGAAUUUGGAAUACUUUGAACCAUUAAUACAAAAUUUAUAUAUGAUAUUAGAUAAAAUCAAAAAUAAUUUUUUACUUCUUGAUGUUUUUAUUAAAGAAAAGAAAUGGCAAAUAACUUCAUAUAAAGAAGUUUCAGAAUAUUUAAUGAAGACAAAAAAAGUAAUUGAAGAACAGGCCGAGAAACUUAAUAUAUCACCAGAACAAUUAUUAAUUGAACAAAUUCGUCAAAAUACAGAAAAACUUGACAAAAGUACUGAAGAAAUUAAAUCAAAGGGAGAACAUUUAUUAACACCACAAAUAAAUGAUUUUUUAACAAAAAUCAUAUCAUCAAUUAAAAACUUUGAUAACAACGUUUCAACUGGUAAAUCUGUUUUUGAUGUUCAAGAUGAACUAAUCCAAACGAUAAUUAAUUCAUUAUCAACAAUUUUAAAUUUUAGUAGAUUUAAAGGUGAUGAAGAAAAAGAUGAAAAAAAAGAUGAAAAAAUAAAUGAUAAUUGUGAAGAUAAAUCUAAUGAAUCAACAAAUAAUGUAUAA